AUGGAGGGUUCAAGGUCCUUAGCAUUGGACUGGUAUGUCCAAUCGCUGCCUAAGACGCGAGGGGGAGAUUUGAAGCUGUGGCUCUGUGAGCUCUGGCUUCUACUGCUGGCUUGUGGCAUAAGUGCGAAUUUUUUGCCGCACGAAGAGGACGUAAGCUUUAUCAAUGAAUACGUGAACCUCCACAAUGAACUCCGAGGCAACGUCAUGCCCCGAGGGGCUAACUUGCGCUUUAUGACUUGGGAUGUAGCUCUGUCACGGACUGCUAGAGCAUGGGGGAAAAAAUGUGUAUUUGAGCAUAACACUCAUUUAGAAGAAAUGAAAAUGGCCCAUCCUAUAUUUAACGGUAUUGGUGAAAAUAUUUGGGUCGGCCCUGAAAAUGAAUUUACUGCAAGUAUUGCUAUCAGAAGUUGGUAUGCAGAGAGGAGAAGGUACAAUUUUGAAAAUGGCAGUUGUUCUGGUGACUGUUCUAAUUAUAUGCAGCUUGUUUGGGACAAAUCUUACAAAGUUGGCUGUGCUGUUACUCCAUGUUCAAAAAUUGGACAUAUUAACUAUGCAGCAAUUUUCAUAUGCAACUAUGCCCCAGGAGCAACUCGGACAAGGAGGCCUUAUAUACCAGGAACAGUUUGUACUCAAUGUAGCAAAGAUGACAGAUGCACAGAUUUUCUAUGCAGUAAGACAAAGAAAAUACCUUUAACAUGA